GUCAUUUCGAAGAGAUGAUAGUUAAUUUUCUUUUGUGAAAAUUCACUAUCGAAAUCGUGUAGCUAAAUCCUGUUGCGUGGUACAAAUUUUGUACGCAAUCUUAUGAGUCACUAUUCAUGAGCUUGGAGGCAAGACUAUAUAACGAUCCAUAUUGUGUAGUUGGUUGGACUUAUUGCCUAUACGAUCUGAUUUGAGGCAGCGGAGUCCUUGUUAAAUCUAAUUUAGAACAUUUCAGUCGCAAAAUAUGUCUUAAUUCAUACUCUUAACCAUAGAAGAUCUCUGUAAUCAUGUCAACCGUGCAGGAGAAUGUGGUUUUUCAUCAAAAUCAUCAACUUAUGCUCAGUCUCUCUCUGAAAUGGAUUUUGAGAGAGGAAUAUGGCAAACUUCACUGGAUGGUGAUGUAAACAGAGUUAGGAAAUUGUUGCACAAGGGAAGAGACCCUAAUUCAAGGGAUGGCUCAGGAUAUACAGCUUUGGUAAAUCAUGUCCUUAAGCACCAAUCAAUUCCAAGCUUCAACUUUCCUCUCCCCCCCCCCCACUUCAGGGCAACUCAUGAGCAUGCAAUUGUUGUCCAUGUGCAGGGACAAGUAGAUUCCAUGCCAUAUUAAUAGUAAUAAUAAUAGUAAACAAUGUUAUUUCUGGUUGUUGGUUAUUGAAAAAUCCCAACUCCACCUCCAUACAGGGGACACUUGUUCUGGUCCUGAGGGUGUCUCAUGAAAGCAGUUCUCACACUUUCCUAUUUACCCACCCCCUGCAACUGCAACUGCAACUGCAACUGCAAUUGCAACUGCAACUGCACCUGCCCAAUCUAAUUGUGAAAUAGAAGGUUAUAAUUGAUUCUCAUGGGUGAGCUGCAAUGAAAGAGAUUGCAGAAGAAAGGCUGAAAAAAUUGCAACCUGUCUGCCUUAUGCUACUUGGCUGUUUCUCCAACUCAGCUGUGAAGCUAAAUGUUAGAAGCAAAGCAAAUUUUGGAGUGUUCUUCAUUUCCAUGAAGGAAGGUUUGAGAAACCUGGUUUACUAAUACAGUUUAAAAACUUGCUAGUUGUUGUGAGUGGUUUGUAAAGGAAAUCACAAUAAUUUUUUUUUUCAUCCAAACCAUAGUCAUUGUACUGUGAAAACAAAUAAGAGUUUGGCAAAGAAUUAUCUAUGUGGUUUAUGGGUUAUUUACCUGUAUCUUUUUUCCUUCUUCAGAUUAUGCCAGCCGCAGUAGCCAUGGAGAGGUCUGUCAGUUGCUCCUGGAACAAGGAGCAGAUGUUAAUGCCCAGAAAAGGUCAGGCAAAGUAUCAUUGGUACACAGAGCAGCAUACUCUGGUCAUAUGUCAGUGGUGAACCUGUUCAUCAAAUAUGGUGCUGAUCCAAGACUUUGUGAUAGUGAUGGACAAAUCCCUUUGCAUAAGGUAACAAUGAAACUGUUGUGGUUUGAAAUGACUGUAGGUCAAAGUGAUUUGAGAUAGUUGCAUUUCUUUGGUAUUUUCCUUUGUUUCAGAAAAUUAUUGUGAUUCUCAAACAAAGGAAAAAUACAAAACAAUGAACCUAGAUUUAAAUAACUUAAAAUUGAGUUUCAAUGUUUCCAUGCAAAGUAGGCAUGUGUGUUUUUCACACUGGUGAGGGAACAAUUAUUAUAUAUUACAUAAGAAAUCUUGUUAACCCUUUCACUCCCAAGAUCUUAUUAGUAAUUCUCCUUACUCUCUGCCAUACAACACCUAUGAUGUUUGUUUAGAGAAGUUGGUAUUGGAUCAACUGAUGAUUCCCUAAAUAAUACUUAGUUUUACUCUCAUCGCUUGUCUGCUUGAUAUUAUAUUGAUAUUUUACUUGGAGAAAUUCUGGGAGUUAAAUGAUUAAACAAUAUUUUUCCAGGAUGUUAUGAAUAGUUUUUUUUCUUUUUCAACACUGUUGAAUAAGAUACUUGAAUAAUUGGAUACUGUGUUAUUUACCAGAAAAGGAGUUUUUUAUAUUGCUUUGUCUUUUCAUCACCAUCAUGGAGAUAUUACACAUUCCCCCCCAGAGGAGACUGGAUGGUUGUAGUUACAAGUGUGGGGUCAAUGUCAGUAUCUGAGCAACUGGGCACCUACCCCUCCACUAACCCAAGAAAAGUCAACUGAUAUCAAGUUGGGUUUAAUGUUGGGUUAAAGGAGAGAAGGGGAGGGGAGGGGAGGGGAGGGGAGGGGUUAGGUGCAGUUGCUCGGAUACUGAAAUUGAUCUCAGUGUGCUGGGCAGUCAAAGAGGAUGUGAUGUGAUCCUCAGCUAAAGAGAGUGAGUUAAUCUCCACAAUUUCCUGAGUACUAAUUCCGAAAAAAAAAAUUGUAACAACUAUAGCCAAAGAAAAUCCACACUCCCAUAGGAAGUUGCCUGUUGGCUCAGGUUGUGAAGCACUGGACUGCCCUGCAGAAGGUCAAGGGUUUAAGCCCCAGACUUAACCUACUCUCAGGGUCUUAAAACAACUGAGGACAAUGUGCUGCCUUUGCUCUGAUAACUGCAGAUGGUUAGACAUUCUAGUCUUCUUGAAUAAGGAUAAUAAAGUGCAUCUUCUAUCAACUAUUUAGCCGGGGAUGUAAAAGAACCCAUGCACUUCACACAAACUUAUAUCUCUCGGUGUUGUGGUCUGACCUAGUUUCCAAAUAUUCCUAUAUUGGGGGCACCUGCAAAAAAUUCUCUCCAAUGUAAACUAUUCAAUGCAGUCUGGGCAUAGUCCCCUGUAAAGUGUUUUAAAGCCCAUUGGAGCACUUAUUUUCAUGGAGAAUGCACUAUAAAAAUGCAUCAUUAUCUCAAGCAUCAUCACUAUCAGGCCUCAAUCCCAUAAUGCAACCUCUAUAUUAUCAAAGGCAUACCCAACAUCUUCUUACUCUACCUCCUCAAACAGCAAAGGACCCACAUUACCAGAUGCAUUUGUUGGGACAUGCACUCCCUCUUAAUGUUGGUCUCAAGAUAGCAUAGAGACAUUGGCAACUAACAACAUUUGAAAAGGGAGAAGGGUGAAAGAAUAUCUUAAACGUUUUUGAGGAGAAGUGUCCCAACUUAUUAGGCCAGGGAGUAUAGGUUGUACUUUGGAGUCAACUUUAUAGUACCUAAACUUACCUUGCUCUCCAUACACAGUCUCUCACAGAUUUGUGAUAAGUAGGACUUCACUUUCUACCCAAUUAAACAAAAUAGCUGGUUAGGGAAUCAAAUACAAAUCAAUGUAUGAGCUUACAGUACUAUUUCUUCCUUUUGCCUAAAUUUCAGUAUGUUGAAAAAGUUGCGAAAAGGAGUUUUGAGAUUGCUUGUCAAGUUGGAUUCCAGUCUUGUGAAGGUGAAAGAUAACAAUGGAAGAUACCUGCUGACCUGGUAUCCUCGAAAGAACUUGCCUUGUUAA